CGAGGAGAGGGUUCUCAUCCAGUGGGACGAGCCCGUUUCCCCAAAUAGAGAGAUAAGGAGUGGGAGGGAAGUCACAGGGGUAACACCGAAGAGGGGCGAUUGGCAGAUUCCACGGAAGCGAGUGUUCGACAACACUCGCUGCGUGCUCUGCGAAGUCGCUUUUGUGGAAGGAGAGGAGGGGGAGGAGGAAGGGAAGGAGAGGGCGUCGGUGCCCUGUCUCGAGGCGGUGGGAAUCAGCGGCCGCGCUAUAUUGUGGGCACGAGGGGCCCGCUGUUGCUGUUUCAUGGCCGGCUGGACUCUUGAGCUGUGAGGUGGUGGUCCUAUUUUUAUACGUUUCCUGCCCAGCGAAGCUGCUCCCCUCGUCAAGUUCAUAGGCCACUUCGCCAUCCCGACAGACCCCUUUCUCUCCUCUUCGUUGCUUUUCAGUAUCCGGUCCGGCGCUGUCUUCUUGGCGCUCUUGCGGAGCCUCCAGAAGGCAGUCUGUUUAAGCAGCAGCGAUGGCGGACGGCGAGGAUGUCCAGGCCCUCGUCUGCGACAAUGGCUCAGGUAUGGUGAAAGCCGGUAUUGCGGGCGAUGAUGCUCCGCGCGCUGUCUUCCCCAGCAUUGUCGGCCGCCCGCGUCACACCGGUAUCAUGGUGGGUAUGGGUCAAAAGGACGCCUACGUUGGCGACGAAGCGCAGUCCAAGAGAGGUAUUCUCACGCUGAAGUAUCCCAUUGAGCACGGCAUCGUCACGACAUGGGACGAUAUGGAGAAGAUUUGGCAUCAUACCUUCUACAACGAAUUGCGUGUUUCGCCCGAAGAACAUCCAGUCUUGUUGACCGAGGCGCCUCUCAAUCCUAAGACCAACAGAGAGCGAAUGACUCAAAUUAUGUUCGAGACGUUCAACGUGCCUGCCAUGUACGUGGCUAUUCAGGCCGUGUUGUCACUGUAUGCCAGUGGACGAACGACGGGUAUUGUGCUCGACUCUGGCGAUGGUGUUACUCACACCGUGCCUAUCUACGAAGGGUUCGCACUUCCUCAUGCCAUCUUGCGACUGAAUCUCGCCGGUCGUGAUCUGACUGACUACAUGAUGAAGAUUUUGACGGAGAGAGGGCACUCUUUCACGACGUCCGCGGAGCGGGAAAUCGUCAGAGAUAUCAAGGAGAAGCUUGCGUACGUGGCAUUGGACUUCGACCAAGAAACGGAGACGGCAGGAGGAAGCUCCGCUCUGGAGAAGACGUACGAGUUGCCCGACGGGAACGUCAUCACCAUUGGCGCGGAGAGGUACAGGUGCCCCGAAGUGUUGUUCAACCCGUCGUUGAUCGGGAUGGAAUCCAAUGGUAUUCACGACACCACCUAUAACUCCAUCAUGAAGUGCGAUGUGGAUAUCCGAAAGGACCUGUACGCGAACAUUGUGCUCAGCGGUGGGUCGACUAUGUUCCCUGGUAUCGCCGACAGAAUGAGUAAGGAGAUUACGGCUGCUGCUCCUGCCGCCGUGAAGAUCAAGGUCGUGGCACCUCCGGAGAGAAAGUACAGUGUCUGGAUUGGAGGGUCGAUUCUUGCCUCCCUCAGCACCUUCCAGCAGAUGUGGAUUUCGAAGCAGGAGUUUGAGGAGUCGGGCCCGCCCAUUGUGCACAGGAAAUGCUUCUAAAUGCUCUCGAGGAAAUGUCGAGGAAGAAGAAGAGGACAGGUGGAGGCGAGGAAAAGCAGAGGUACGGAGUAUAGCUGUAUGUAUGUCCCCGCCGCCAAUUACAAGAGCAAGAAGAGAGUUGAGUCGGUUCACCGUAUUGUUGUCCGGCGGUGAUAUCGAUUCAUUUCGCCCGCCUUGGCGUUCGGUGUUUUUUUUUGUGGUGUCUUCUUCGCGGAGCUUCUGAAAGUCUCUGAGUUGAGCGCCGCUGUAAAUCGUUUUAAUGUUAUGCGCGGGGAGUUGGUUUCGUUGUCACCGGCGGAGGAGGAGGGAGGUGCUUUUUAAGGAACAACAUUCGGCACGCGGUGGUCAGCGACGUUGUGACGAGGUUGGGUAUAUAAUAUCCAGGAAAGGCGGCGAAGUCAGCAAGCGGAGUGGUGUUUUUGGAAGCACAGCUGCAGCAGCCUUCAGGGAGGCGGCGGGGGUGUCCUGUGUUCUGGCGACGGCAUUUGGUUUCCUGUGUGGAAGAGAGAGAGACAUUGGGCGAGCCUCGGAUUUGCAAGAGGUGUUGGUUUUUUAUUUUGUUCUUUCGAAACUUUUGGAGCGUGCGAUGGAUGAAUGAACCGCUAGUUUUGAUGUCUAUCCAUUCACUUGUGAUUCGUUUGUUUAUUUCACUCGGCCGUUUUGGGAGUGCCAAAUUCUGAGACGCCUCUAGGAUCUCCUGCCCUCUCUGGGAUUGCAGCAGCUUCUCCCUCAGAAAUUGUGUCGUUCGGUUUCUCUUUUUCUGUCGGUCGUUCGGUUUCUCGCCGCCCUCAUUGUCACAAUUGCUGGUAGCAAUAGUUUGUUCUGGUCUUUCCAUGUUGUCUUCUAUCGUUGGUGGUCUCCAUAGUAAGCUGUGUGGGAGUCCUGCACUGAAUAAAUAAUGAUCUUUCUUAGCCGUAGGUCUCUUUGGGCGAAGUAAUCGGAUAUGUUGGUUGACGCUUUAUUACAAUAAGCGAGUGAGAAAAAUGCUAAUGUCUCCAAGUUCUUUGUUCCUCUUGUCUCUCUCUCCCUCUCUCUCUUUCUAUUUCUCUUUGUCUCGUCCUUGGUUCUCCCUGCUUUGCUGCGAUUGCUGUAUCAGCAAGCACGCUGGCCGGCGUCUGGAGAUCGCCCCUGCUGUGAUUAAACUCCCUCUCUCCUGAUGAGAUGGUGGUUUUUAUACGCAGGCAGCAGGCCUUCCUCUUUAUGUAAUGCUUUGACGGUGCACUUUCGGAGGAAAGCGUGUCGUUUUAACUAUAUAUAUACAUACAUACAUAUAGUACGACGAACCAAAUGGAGGUGCAGCAGUUUGCUUGGUUCUUCUUGAUAGCUCUUUUUGUGAGCUUUCUGGAGGUUAUGCGUGUAAUUAAAUUGAGUUGUCGUGGAGGAGGGUCGGUGGCAGUGAGUUGGUGGCGGCCGUUCGAUGUGCGCGGUAGUGCUGAGAUGAUGUGCAGAACUGUCUGGAGGGGAUGUGAGCGUUGCGAGGAAAGAGAGGGAGGGGGGAAUUGGUGAACCUCUAGAGGUGACGGCUCGGCGAGCAGCAGCUUUGAAAAGGGAGGAGGAUAUCGGGAUAGAUGAUGCGGGCGAGAGGCGAGAGGCGAGAGAAGAGAAUGGUGAUUGACGUUAAAGGAUGUCCACUUUAUCAUCUUCGUUGUCUACGUGGCGGGAGUUGUAAGGGCUAGUUGGUCUGGCUUAGGACUGGUGGCUCGUCGUAAACGUUGUAGAAUCUGGCCUCCCGUUCGUUUGUUGGGGAGAGGAGUGGCUAGGUUGGUUGGAUACAGUGGGUCCGUUGCUGGGAAAGGAGUGCCCAGGUUGGUGGGAGAGUGGGUGGGUGAUGCGGCAGGGUAAAUUUCAAUGAGGUUGCGUUUGACGAUAGACCGUGGGACAGAGUUCCAUUGCUUGGACAGUGGGUGGGACAGUGGUCCGUUGCUGGGAGAGGACUGCCUCAGCGCCAUGUUCUGCUUGUUGAAGGGUGUAGUAGUCUUUUUUCAGGGGCCUAUGUGACUUGCUAAAGCCCGCCGAUUGGGCAUUAAUACGUGGAGUCGUCUAGCUGUUUGGACGUAGGGUAACAUUAUUUUUGUGUUUCAUGAUAUAAGUAAAUGCGUGGAUUGACAUAGUCGGUCGGACGAAACUGAGUGUGUGGAAAGGUGGGGACAACGCAGAUGUUUCCUUGCUAUUUUGGUU